AUGCAAGCCUGCGACAAUGCUCGUCAAAACUUUCCAACUUUGGAAAAAUCAACUGCAAGAGCAUUAUGUUCAUUUUUAAAUGAUUUCGUGAAUUUUGUGGAUGUUGUUAACAAACAUAAAUUUUAUAUUUACUAUCUGGUUGUUUUAAUUAAUUUGUUCCAUGUUAUUGUCUUAACUAGACCUAGCAUGAGAACCUCUUCUAUCAAUAUUAUUAUGACUGCUGUCGCGAUUGCAGAUAUCAUUUCUGCAAUUUAUAAUAUUCACCUUAAAAUUGUUCUAAUCCUAACUGAUAUCUAUCCAUGUUACUCCAAAAAUUUAUAUCAUAAUCUUAUCAUCCUUGACAAUUGUUUGUAUUGUCUGCAAGACUAUACGAGAAGAUGUUCCACAUGGCUAAGUCUCUCAAUUGCAACUAUUAGAACCCUUGUCGUAAGAAAUCCAAUGGACCCCAAAUACGAGAAGCUUUCCAAUCCAAAAACUGCUGUAAUUGUUAUUUUUACAAUUUGCUCUCUUUGCUUACCUACCACAGUAUUACAAUACUUUAAAGCGGGAUUCAUUGAGAACGAGGAGGCCAACGCGUGUAAAGGCAAUGAAAUGGUUGACGAAUAUUAUUAUCGGGGGUUGUCAGACUUGUUUAUGGACAACGAAAUGUUGAUAUAUAAUAUAUUUUUCUAUCUCGAAGGAGUCACUUCAAAACUGAUUCCAUGCCUACUUUAUCCGAUUGCAACUGUGUUCUUAAUUAUCGAAAUCCGAAAAGCUGCCAUAAACCGAAAAAAGAUAUCGUCCUCAUCAUCCUCACAACAAGACUCAUCUGGAAGAACUACAAAGUUGAUUUUCUAUUUGACCGUAAUUUUUUACAUUGGGGAAUUCCCCAUGGCGGUUUUCUACAUUUUAAAUCCAAUUUUACAAAUGAGCAUUCAGUGGGGGUUCUAUACUUACCUUGUGUAUUUCGAAUUUUUGUUCUCUACUUUAUUAACCGCUACAACUGCAAUACAUAUGCCAAUUUGCUUAUUAAUGUCUUCACAGUAUAAAAUAACUGCCAAAGAUGUGAUUUUUGGUGGAUAUCAGCAUAAGCUAAGGAAAAGUGAGUCAAGUGUGAUCAGUAUUCGACCUAGUAGCCAGACUAGGUAA